AUGGAUAAAAGGGGACAAAUAGAUGAAUCUCUUGCAUUAGAGAAGUUGUCUAAGGAAAGAAGCCAAGAGGGGAGCAGAGCUGCCAAAGAACUAACCAACCUGAUCUUGGACAAGGUCAAUGAGCUGGAAGAGAAGGUACAAACACCCAAUGAUUGGGGCUGUGCAGAGGAGCUGGGACCCGGAGGCCCUUACCUUGCAGCUCCCCUAGGCCUAGCGCAGCAGCCACAGACAAAGGAGCAUGUUGGCGCCUGGGAGCGCUGGCCAGUGGCCAUCCGGAGGCUCCAUGUGCUGCCUGGCCCUCCCUGCACGCCCACCCAGCUGCGCAGCUACCUGCUCAGUACACAGGCCCGGCCUGCAGCCUGGAGCCAUCCUGGAGCCAUCCAGGAGCCCCCGGCGCCCACGCAGCCGCUGCCUCUCCUCCUGGGGCUCCUGCUGUUCUCCAUUCUGGGAGGACCAGGAGAUGUCGGUGGCCCAGGCGGGGUCAAGGCGCUGCCCCCGGGCUGGACUGGAGUCAUGGCUGAGAAGGGGCAACGAAUGCCAGCCAUGCACCGGAAGGCGCCCAAGGAGCGAGUGAGCGGACGUGCAGAGCGGCGACAGCGGUGUGGGAUCUGCCUCUUUGCAAGCUGCCCAGAGCGGCGCCAUGAGCGGGGCACUCCUUACAUCCGCAGCAAGAUCAGCCUCAUUUCUAAGGCGGAGAUCCACUACGAGGGCAUCCUCUACACCAUCCACACAGAGAACUCCACCGUAGCCCUCUCCAAAGUUCGAUCCUUUGUUACAGAAGACAGACCAAGAGAUCAUCCAAUACCACCUCGAGAUGAAGUCUUUGAAUACAUUAUAUUCUGCAGGAGUGAUAUUAAAGACCUCACUGUUUGUGAGCCACCAAAACCACAAUGUUCUUUGCCUCAGGACCCAGCUAUUGUUCAGUCUUCAUUAGGUUCAUCUACUUUUUCAUUCCAGUCAGUGGGAGUGGGUUCCUAUGGACCUUUUGGCAGGAUGCCGACAUACAGCCAGUUCAGUCCAAGUUCAUUGGUUGGGCAACAGUUUAGUGCUGUUAGUGUUGCUGGAAGCUCUUUGACAUCCUUUGGAGGAGAAAUGUCAAACAGCAGUAACUUAUCCCAAAGUAGUGCAGUUGGAUCUGCCUUUACACAGGGUACAAGAUCUAUAAAAACACAGUUAUCUCAAGGUCGUUCAAGCCCUCAGUUAGACCCUUUGAGAAAAAGUCCAACCAUGGAGCUACAGACCUCCUCGGCCCACUUACCUGCUCCAGCACCUGUUGGGAGAAGGAGCCCUAUAUCAAGCAGGCCUUUGCCAUCCACCAGACAAAAAGCAUUAGAGAAUCAAGAGCACAGGAGAGCUGAAGUCCACAAAGUUCCAAGGCCAGAAAAUGAGCAACUCAGAAAUGACAGCAAGAGACAAAUAGUUCCAGGUGCUCCUUCCACUCCAAGGAGAGGGUGUGGAGGUCACUGAGAUGGCCGGUGAAGGUCUGGUAAUCGGCGAGAUGGUCCAACGAAAUUUGAGAAAGACUUUGACUUCGAAAGUGCGAAUGCACAAUUUAACAAAGAGGAGAUUGACAGAGAAUUUCAUAAUAAGCUUAAAUUAAAAGAAGAUAAGCUUGAGAAACAAGAGAAACCUGUAAAUGGUAAAGAUAAGGGAGACUCGAGAGUUGAUACCCAAAACAGUGAAAGAAAUGCUAAUGAAGAAGACCCACUUCGACCUAAUUGCUAUUAUGACAAAACUAAAUCCUUCUUUGAUAAUAUUUCUUGUGAUGAUAAUAGAGAAUGGAGACCAACCUGGGCUAAAGAAAGGAGAUUAAAUGCUGAAACUUUUGGAAUUCCACUUUGUCCAAACCAUGGCCGUGGAGGGUACAGAGGAGGGAGAGGAGGUCUUGGUUUCCGUGGUGGCAGAGGACGUGGUGGUGGCAGAGGUGGUACCUUCACUACUCCUCGGGGAUUUCAUGGUGGAUUCAGAGGAGGUGGUGGAGGAAGAGAGUUUGCAGAUUUUGAAUAUAGGAAAACCACAGCUUUUGGACCCUAAAGGGUCUGGAUUGGUCUUACUGCUUUCUGAAAGAAAGACAACAAAGUUGCUGCAUAGUCUUCGAACAAGUCUUUGAAAAUGGGUGAAUUUGUAGCUCUUCAUGGUCCUGAAAAUUAAUUCAGUCUUUGCGAGGAAUGAAGAAGUGAA